AUGCCCAGCGAACACAGCCCGCUGCUCGCCGCCGCCCAGCCAGCGCCCCCCUGCCGCAAGUUCCCCUCCCGCCAGCGCACCCUCUUCUCCAUCCUCUCCAUCCUCCUCGCCGCCGCCGCCGUCUGGCUCUACAGCCGAUCCACCCGCCGCGACCUCGUCGACCAGCUCGCCCACUCGCUCGAGAACCUCUCCACCUGCGCCUCCUGCCACGCCCUCCUCGUCCCGCUCAUCGCCAUCGCCCACCUCGGCGACGCCCAGCUGCUCGCCACCCUCGUCGGCUUCUGCACCGGCCUGGGCAUCCAGGACCAGGAGGUCUGUCGCGGCGCACUCGGCGCACAGGCCCCCAUCCUCGCCCACUCCCUCCGCUCCAUGUCCCUCGCCGGCCCGGCCUCCGUCCUCUUCUGCGCGAAAACAUUCGGCCUCUGCGACGACCCCCCCGUCCGCGACUGGACGGACAUCCCCAUCCCCCCCCAGAAACACGCCCCCCCACGCCCCCCCCGUCUAGCAGCUGCCUCCCGAACAUCCCACAGCAGACGGAAACCGCUCCAGGUCAUCCACAUCAGCGACCUGCACAUCGACAGGGAAUACACAAUCGGAGCCGACGCCAAAUGCGCUCGCAAUCUGUGCUGUCGGCCCAACCAGCCCUCCGACUUGCCCAACAAGACCCAAAUACCCGCCGGGCCCUACGGCCACCACAACUGCGACUCGCCCGAAUCCUUAUACAUAAGCAUGUUGCGGGCCUUGCCCGUUCAUGCGCCCAAUGCAAGCUUCGCCAUGCACACAGGCGACAUGGUCGACCAUGCCGUGUGGACCUCGGUCCGGAAAGAAGUCGAAGACGGAAUCCAGCAGGGCCAUUCGCAGUACCAUACCUAUUCAGAUGUCCCACUCUACGGGGUCAUAGGAAACCAUGACGUCGCACCCACGAACUCCUUUCCCCGGAACACCACCAUCACCACCCUCUCUUCGCAAUGGGACAUCGAGCUCUUCUCCGACACCUGGGCCCGAUGGAUCGGGAACUCGAGUGCCAAAGCGCUCCAGGAGACCUCGGGCUGCUACAGCAGGGUGCAUCCAGGCACGAACCUGAAGAUCAUCUCGCUCAACACCGGGUUUUGGUACAAGGCAAACUUUUGGCUGUACGAUUCCGAUGAGUUCCAGCCCGACCCCAACGGCAUCCUGGCGUGGUUGAUCGGCGAGCUCCAGGACGCCGAGGAUCGUGGGCAGAAGGCCUGGAUCAUCGGCCACCUCUCGCCCGGCAAGGCGGACUGUCUGCACGAGCCGAGUCGGUACAUCAACCAGAUCCUGCGAAGAUACAAGCACACCAUUGCGGCGAUGUUUUAUGGCCAUACCCACCGCUCGGAAUGGGAGAUCGUGUACGAGGAUCCGCAGCACCCGACGGCCGAGAGCGCGGUGGGGAUAAUCUACAUCGGGCCGGCGGUGACGCCCGAGUCGGGCAACCCGGCCUUCCGGGUCUACGACGUGGACCCGGAGAGCUACGCGGUGCUGGACUUCCACGAGAUCGUGGCCAACAUGAGCUCGCCGUCGUUCCAGAGCCAUCCGGAAUGGCAGGAGUACUACUCGGCCCGGGCGGUCUAUGGGGCCCUGCUGCACGAGCACGGCAUCGAGCCCUUCAAGCACCCGGGCUCGUCCCCGCUCGACGGCGCCUUCUGGCACAAGGUCACCGACGUCCUCGAGGCCUCCUUCCCGGCCUUCGAGCACUUCUUCCGCCGGCUCAGCCGCGGCGCUCGGCUCCCCGCCGCCCCCAAGCCCUGCUACUCCGGGGAGUGCCGCAAGAAAUGGGUCCACAAUCUGCGCUCCUCGCAGAGCGAGUUCAACGAGUAUCCCAACCAGGUCGGCCUCCACAUCGACGCCCAUCCCUCCCCUCCUGUUGCUGCCCCCGGACAGAGGGGGGACAAACGCAACCCGUUCGGCUUGUUGCCCGACGAGGACGACGGCGAGCAUGUGUGCGGCGACCUGGCCAGCUUGUAUCGCCACGCUAAGGCCCGCAUCCCUCACUUGAAAUCCAACAACAAGCUCGUCGUUCCGGAGACGCUGAAGCAGCAGAUCCGCGCCGCGCUGCGCCGCCCCCCGGCCCCUUAG